AUGACGCUCGAUUUAGCCGUGGCCGUACGGGAGAUGUUGAAGGACGCUUUUCAUCCAGGGCAGUUCACUGUUGCGAGGUGUGUUCUCAGCAGUCGCUUUACCAAGCCUCGGUUACACUACCGACAGUAUUGCGAUCCAGCAGAUGCAUAUGGCAGGUUGCCUGGGUUCUUCAGCGGAGGAACGAAAAUGUCUCCGAACGUGAGACAACGUGCAGACAUGUUCGCCGGCAUUGAUGCUUCAAUCUUCAAGGACAGGCAACCUGCAAAAGGUGUGGCUGGCUCAGGACACGUGCCUUUUGUUCAAUAA